CAACAUCUAGCUAUUCGGUGUGGUAGUGCGAUUACUAUUAUUUCAUUUCCAAUUCUUGAAUCGUUCAAAAGUUCAUCACUUAUAUACGGUGCUUGUUGUAGUUUUAUACAAUUAAACGCAAAUAAAAAAUACUAAAAAAUAUAGGAAUAAUAUAAUGGCUGCCGAAGGAGAGGUUAAACUUUACUCACGCGAGGAAAUCUCAAAACACAAUUCAAACAAAAACACUUGGAUGAUAAUCCAUAAUAACGUGUACGAUGUGACUGAAUUUUUAAAUGAGCAUCCCGGUGGAGAAGAAGUGCUGAUCGAACAAGGCGGCAAAGAAGCUACAGAGAAUUUCGAAGAUGUCGGCCACAGCUCUGAUGCGCGCGAAAUGAUGAAAAAAUACAAAAUCGGCGAACUAGUCGAAUCCGAACGUACGAAUGUGCCUCAGAAGAGCGAACCCACAUGGAACGCGGAUCAGAAAUCAGAAGACUCAUCAAUGCGUUCAUGGCUAGUGCCAUUGGUACUUGGUUUGGUGGCUACAAUUUUAUACAGAUAUUUCUUUAAAGUGUAAAUUCUGCAAAACCGAGGAAACAAAAAAAUAAAAAAAAAAAAAAAAAAAAAAAAAAAAAAAAAAAAAAAAAAAAAAAAAAAAAGGCGUGCAAACAACACGACAUUACUACGAUUAAUUUCCUUCGUCGUUGCGUUGUAAAGUUGAUUUAAGAAACCAUUCCCUUUCAUUAAUUAGUAAAAGAAAGUGUCUGCAUUUAUGCCUAGAGAUGCACAAAACCGUACCAAACCAGCAAUGACAAUUUCAAAAUAUUUUGCAUACAAAUGAAAAGUGUAUAAUGGUUGCUGCUUGCUUAAUAGAUAAAUUUUACCAUAUGUAAUUUUUUAAAGAGAAAAAUGUAAAAAUUUAUUAUAAAUAGUAUGUUUAUAUUCUAUUGAUGAGGAAAUUAUACAAAUAAAUAYGUAUAAGUACUUGGGUA